AGCCUCAUCUGGUUUCUCAGAGGCUCCAGACCGUGUCCACCACUCCACACACUCUGACACAUAACAUGGUCUGGGACUCUUGAUAGAGAGGAGGCCAAUGCAAAGACAUGGACUUUCGACAAAUGAGGCAUUAAAAGCUCAACCUACUGGACUGGACAAACAAACACUUGAGUAGACCUUGGAGCACUGAAAGAAUUGUUCCAUAAUGGCAGUCCCAAAUGACAGCUCCAUUUUUAACUCCACCUUCUCUCCUUAUACGACCAACAACCUCGAGAACACUUCUGCUUGCACAGACUGGCCUCCGGUGCCUAUGACCACCAUCAUCCCCUCUAUCUACAGCGUUAUCUGCGUUCUGGGCAUCAUUGCCAACACACUGGCUAUGUGUGUGUUGGCCCACACUAACGCCUCAAGGAGAACUGUCGCCAAUACGUUCAUGCUGAACCUUUGUGUGUCGGACCUUCUGUUCCUGCUUUCUCUCCCACUGUGGGCUGUUUACUACUCACAAGGCUACAGCUGGCCCUUCGGACGAGUAGCGUGCAAGAUCUGCGGAAGUCUCCAUAAUCUCAAUCUGUAUGCCUCCAUAUUCUUCAUCACUUGCAUGAGCAUGGACCGCUACCUUGCUCUGGUUCACCCACUGCGCUCUCAGAGUGUUCGAGACCUGAAACGUGCCAAGCUCAUGUGCAUCCUUGUGUGGGUUCUGGCAUUUGCUUGCACGGCGCCAACUACAGCUCUGAGGGACACUCACUACAUCGAGGUGUUUGGCGUGGAAGCUUGUGUGAUUAUUUAUCCGGAUCCCACCUGGUAUCGGAGCCUCGCCUGGAUGAAAGUACUUCUGGGCUUUUUCCUGCCAAUGAUCAUCAUCUCUUGUUGCUACUGUGCAAUUGGUAGACACUUCUUGGCUGGUUCUGGGCUCGUAAUCCUGCGGAAACCAUCACACUCUGGCAGUACAUUUAAAGCCUCGGGGUCACACGACAGCUGCAGUAAACCAGAGAGACCCCCGACCCCAUGUGUGAACCCCAGCCCCAGUAGAGGCAGACCCAUGGAGGGAAGAGGGCUGGAAAGGGUCUUAUGGACUGUGGCUGCAGUUGUCUUGGCCUUCUUCCUUUGCUGGUUUCCCUUCCAUUGUGUGACGUUUAUAGACAUACUGAAGAGUGAUGACUGGUUGGACAGUUGCUGGGCACAGUGGACCAUCCAGAACCUCACCCCCCUCACCCUCUGCUUGGGCUUCUCUAAUUCUGCCAUCAACCCGGUGCUGUACUGCUUUAUUGGGAACCAUUUCCGAGGUAGACUGGGCACACUUAGUAAGGGUCUGUGUGUGCGUUUGAAGGCUCGUGAGGAGGAUCACAGUCAGAAGAGGGGCUCAUUCAGCACUAGACUCAGUUCUUUCUCCCGAAAACUCAGUGACUUGAAAGAUCUGGCAAUUGUUGAUGCCUCUGCACAUGCUUAGGCGCCUGAUCAGGUAACAUAACGCUGGGCAAUGAUUCAAUAAUAGUGAUGAAAAAAAUAAAAUAAAUAAAAACAAUGUAACCUGAAGAUUGAGACUGCUUUUCCGACACUAAUAAGAAAAAAUAAGAUUAAAAUCUUCCAAAACAAAGGAGGAAGAAAGGACAUUUUGCUGUUUUUCAAGAUGACGCAUGAAGUAGCAGAGUUGUUACUGCUCAAUAACCUUCAAAUAGUAUACUUUUCCUACUUCCUACAUGUUCCGGGUGAGUGAAUUGAGGGUCACCAGACUUCCACAGAGCCCACUGUGGAGGACAUUGAUGUGUUGAUGCAGAGCCCUUUUUCACUAUAUGACUUCCCUGCACAUCUGUGAAAAAAAACAAGAAAGUUGCAUAUAUGAAGAAGAGUAUUUAGCGCAGGUUGUUGUGCCUUUAGGCGUCCUCCAUGAUUGCACUAAAAUGGUCCAGAUAGAAAACUAAACCACCACCUUUGGAACGUCAUAUUUGUAUAUGUUAUAUUGUGUUUCAGGGUUAAGUAAUAGACAUUUAUCGUAUGUGCCAUAUAUGUAGUUCAACAAAAACAUUAGCUUCCAAAAAGACAAAACAACAGUUUCAAUUGUUUAUGCAUUUAUCUUGUCACACAUAAACUACAAAUUUACCACA